AUGGUGAAAUAUAAUGUUAUUUUAUUUUCCCUUGUCUCUAUAGUUUUUUCAUCAAUAAAUCUUUUUCUGUGUUGCGCCACUGAAAGUGGUGAUGAAAGCAGUAAACUUUAUAUUGUAUACAUGGGCGCACUUCCUAAUGGAGCAACAUAUUCUGCAACCUCUCAUCAUCUCAGCAUGUUGGAACAAGCUAUUGGUGAGAGUGGCGUUGAAAAUCGAUUGGUUCAAAGUUAUAAGAGAAGUUUCAAUGGUUUUUCCGCCAUACUCAAUGACCAACAAAAGGAAAAACUUCUCGGCAUGAAAGGCGUGGUCUCAGUUUUUCCAAACCAAAACUUUCAUAUACAAACUACAAGAUCGUGGAAUUUUCUUGGAUUUCCUCAAUCAAUCAAAAGGGAUCAAAUCAUGGAGAGUGAUUUGAUAAUUGGAGUAAUAGAUAGCGGAAUAUGGCCAGAGUCUGAAAGUUUCAACGACAAAGGUUUUAGUCCCAUUCCAAAAAAGUGGAAGGGAGUUUGUAAAGGAGGUUUUAACUUCACUUGUAACAAGAAAAUUAUUGGGGCACGGUCUUAUGGUAAUGGAGGGAAGAAUGCAAGAGACGAAGCUGGUCACGGAACCCACACAGCAUCAACUGCAAGUGGAAGAGAGGUGCGGGAUGUAAGCUUUUAUGAUCUUGCAAAAGGCACUGCAAGGGGUGGAGUCCCGUCAUCAAGGAUUGCUGUGUACAAAUUAUGUGGCGCGGAUGGUUCAUGUAGUGGUAGUAAUAUCUUAGCUGCAUUUGAUGAUGCCAUUGCUGAUGGAGUUGACAUCAUCACAAUAUCAAUUGGGGGCUCAAAUGCCCUUGAAUUUCUUAAAGAUCCUAUUGCCAUUGGUUCUUUUCAUGCCAUGGAGAAGGGAAUUCUCACAUCGCAUUCUGCGGGAAACUCUGGUCCAAGGCCAAGUUCUACGGGAAGUGUAGCACCUUGGUUAUUUAGUGUUGUUGCAUCUACCAUAGAUCUUCAAUUCAUUGAUAAGCUCAUUCUUGGAAAUGGAAAUACUAUUAUUGGUAAGUCAGUCAAUGCUUUCCCCUCAAAUGGCACAAAAAUUCCAAUAGCUCACGGUACUUGCUUGUAUAACUUUGGCCAAACUGUGGUUAAAGGUAAGAUUAUUUUCUGUGAAUCACCAGUGUAUGAAGCAUUGGCUUCUAAAAGUGGUGCGUUUGGUGUAGUCACAAAUGUUGAAGAGUCUAAAAAUGAUGUGUCUUAUGUCUCUUGGAUGCCUUCAAUUAACUUGGAUUCAAAAGAUUAUCUUUUUGCUCAAUCUUACGCAAAAUACACUAAAUCCCCUGUGGCUGAAAUUUUGAAGAGUGAGAUCUUGCAUGAUACAAAUGCUCCUAGAAUUGCAUCUUUCUCUUCUCGUGGUCCGAAUUCAGUUGUUCCAGAUAUUAUGAAACCAGAUAUAAGUGCCCCCGGCGUGGAUAUUUUAGCUGCUUUUUCGCCUCUUGCCCCACCCUCUAGGCAUGUCAGUGACACUAGAAAGGUCAAUUACAACAUAUUAUCUGGAACUUCUAUGGCAUGUCCCCAUAUUACUGGAAUUGCUGCAUAUGUGAAAUCAUUUCAUCCAGAUUGGUCACCAGCAGCUAUUAAAUCUGCCAUCAUGACCACGGCAAAACCAGUGAACGGUACUUAUAAUGAUUUGGCUGGUGAGUUUUCUUAUGGAUCAGGGAAUGCUAAUCCACAACUAGCUAUUAACCCAGGACUUAUUUAUAACAUUACAAAGGAUGAUUAUGUGCAAAUGCUUUGCAAUUACGGUUAUGAUAAUGAAAAAAUUAAACAGAUUAGUGGAGAAAACUCAAUUUGUCACAGAGCUUCUAACCUUUCACCGGUAAAAGAUCUAAACUAUCCUGCACUAGUAAUUUUUGUUGCACCUCAGAAACCUUUCAAUAUCAAUUUUCCUAGAAAAGUUACAAAUGUUGGCUCUCACAAUGCAACCUACAAGGCUAUUGUCACCCCAAUUCCAAAUAUCAAGAUUACAGUAGAGCCAAAUCUUAUCUCAUUCAAAUCAGUACAAGAGACACAAUCAUUUGUUGUCAAUGCUCUUGGGAGAGUAGAGUCAAGUCAAACUGUGUUUUCUUCGUCACUUGUUUGGUCAGAUGGCACCCACAUUGUCAAGAGCCCAAUAAUUGUACAAAUAACAUCCUAAACCAUUGUCUUUGAAAAUAAAUAUGUGAAACUUUUAUAGGAUAAAUAAGUGGCUCUCGA